AUGACUCGCCUUUUCCUCUCCAUCCUUCUGGGCAUCCCCCUCGUGGCAGCCAUCCCGGCGCCAGUUGCUCUCCCAACUCCCCCAGGAAUCCCCUCUGCCGCCACUGCAGAGUCCGAGCUGGCUGCGCUGACCGUCGCGGCGCAAGGCUCCGAAGACGGAUACUCGCGCAGCCUCUUCCCCCACUGGAUUAGUCAAGGAGGCUCCUGCAAUACUCGCGAGGUUGUGCUCGCCCGCGACGGCACCAACAUCGUCAAAGAUUCCAGCUGCUACCCCACCAGCGGAUCGUGGUACUCUCCCUACGACGGAGCCACCUGGACGCAGGCCAGCGACGUGGACAUUGACCACGUUGUUCCCCUCGCCAACGCCUGGAGAUCCGGUGCAUCUAAAUGGACAACCACGCAGCGCCAGGCGUUUGCGAACGACCUGACGAACCCGCAGCUGAUGGCGGUGACGGAUAACGUCAACCAGGCCAAGGGCGAUGAUGGACCCGAGGCCUGGAAGCCUCCUCUCACUUCGUAUUAUUGCACGUAUGCGAAGAUGUGGGUGAGGGUCAAGUAUGUGUAUGAUCUGACCAUUACCUCGGCUGAGAAGAGCGCUCUUGUGAGCAUGCUGGAUACUUGCUAG